AUGUUUGCAAUGAAUAUCACUAACACUCGUAGCUCGUUUAUAAACGAUCUUGAUUCAGGUUUCACUCACCUCCCUUUCAACAAGUCGUACUAUGUCAUUCAUAAACCCUAUAAUUUUGCUCUUGAGAAGCGCUAUAGCUUCAUCCAUGGGGUUCACAAACUAUGGGUUUUCUCCAAUGAUAAAUCAUUUCGUCCUGAAAGUCCCACCAAACCUCGCUCCGAGUUAUCAGUCAAUGGUCACGUGUAUUCUACGAGUGUUUGGCAAUUUGAAGCAGAUGUGUUUGUGCCACAUGGGACUAGUGGUGUGAGCUUGAUGCAAGUGUUUGGGGGAUCUCCACAGGCUACAACACUAAUGAUUCGUGUGUACGAUGGAAGUCUUUACUACUAUAGAAGCAAGGUUAUUUUUAACCAUAUAUACAAUAAAUGGUUCCGACUGAAUGUUAUCCAUGAUGUCGGAAACAACAACGUUAAGAUCUACAUAAAUGGAGAUCUUAAGUUUGAAGGGCGUGGCCGAGGUGGAACCGAACAUUAUUUUGAAUGUGGAGUCUAUGCACAAGAUGAAGAUUCCCCCUGUAUGGAAUCUCGAUGGAAAAAUGUUAACAUAUAUAAGAAAUCCAAUUAG